UAAAAUAGUGAGCGUAGGUAAAAAAAAGCGUAACUAAAUGGCAAAAAUGCUGUAGUGAUGGCUAAUGCUGCUGCUGUGACUGCUAAUGCUGCUGCUCACGAGCUUGCACGAAGAGCACUUACUGCUGAGGCUAAUGAGUUUUGGGUGGAUGACAUACCAUUUCCCAUUGAGCAUAUUGUAACAGGAGAUCAAUCCCAUAUCUGAAUAUGUACUUACUUCUUGUUCUUACAAUCUUAAUAAAGCUUGCAUCUGGCU